GGCAGGUACUGACUUGAACUUCUAUCUGAUGCAGACAUGAAGACAGAACUGUCCCUAUUUUUUCUUCUACUUUCUCUUAAAAUUUGUUCUUCAGGGCCUCGGCACCGUCCAACAAACUGGCUCAGACAAUGUCGGGCAUCCACCAACCUUUCCAUCACAGCACUGGAAGUCCUCCCUGGAGGUGGCUGGGACAAUCUUCGGAACAUGGAUGUGGGCCGAGUAAUGAACCUCAGCUACUUCGAGUGCCAAACGACUGAGGAUGGCCUCUACCUCAUCCCAGAUGAGGUGUUUGUCAUCCCACAAAAGGAGACGGGUGUAGAAACCAAAUCUGAGAUUAUAGAUUCUUGGCUGGAAGAGAAAAGCACCACAUCUCGUAGCAUCAAUAUUGACAUAUCUUUUUUGCCCAAACUAAAUGGCAAAUUCUCUUAUGAGAAUACAAGGAUGAAAACCCAUCAGGUUAAAGACUCGGCCACUACAGCCAGAGUGCAGGUUCGCAAUUUGAUCUACACUGUUAAAGCCUACCCAGACUUCACACUGGAUUUUCGCUUUACCCAGCAAGUCAAAGAAAUUGCAGACGCAAUUGAAAACAAUCAGACAAGGAAUGCAGACUAUCUCUCAGAGAAGAUGGUGCUGGACUAUGGAACCCACGUUAUCACCAGUGUAGAUGCUGGGGCUUCUCUGGUGAAAGAAGACUAUCUUCGUCUUUCAUAUGUGUCAGUUAAUACUUCAGACAAUGUAAACAUCAAAUCACAGGCUGCAUUAAAAUUUUUUGAUGAUCUGAAAUUUGAUAUUAGCAGUGAGUCUAGCCAUCAAAGCUCAUCCCAAGAAACAUAUCAGUACAACAACAAUGUUCAGUACUCGCUAAUUAAAAGCCAUGGGGGCAUACCAUUCUAUCCUGGGAUCACUCUGCAGAAGUGGCAGGAAAGUACCAGAAAUAACUUAGUUGCAAUCGACCGAUUUGGAUUUCCUCUUAGCAAUUUCAUAAACAAAAACACUUUCCCUGAUCUGCCAGAACCUACAGUUGGCAAAGUAGCUCGUAGAGUGAUAAAAGCAAUAGAACGCUACUACAAGAUCAACACCCGCCCUGGCUGCGUUGACAUCAGCUCCAAGAACUUCAACUUUCAGGCCAAUAUUAAUGAUAAUUCCUGUGAGGGCCCAGCCACCAACCUCAGCUUUGGAGGGGUCUACCAAAAAUGUACAAAACUCACCCAAGAAGCAGGUGUACUUUGUGAUGCACUAGCCCAAAAAAACAUAGGGACAGGUAACAUGUCUUGCCGCUCACCUUACAAUUCAACUUUGUUGCGAUCAGAAAUGAGACAGCAGGGUUACAGUUCAUAUGAAUGCCACACAGAAAGUUAUCGAUGUGGAUUGUUAUGGUUGUCUCAUUGUUCCAAGCAGGUUUGUAAUGAUGUGUAUCGUGUUCGCUCAGCUCGUAUUGAUACCUACUGGUGUUCUGUGAAUGGAUUAGCUCCAGAUUAUUCUGGAUAUCUGUUUGGAGGAAUAUACGGUCCCUCCUUUUUAAAUCCCAUCACUAGGUCCAAAACCUGUCCUCCAAACUUCAUCCCAGUAAAGUUUCUGUCUGAUGGCCAAAUAAUCUGUUUAAGUAAUGAUUAUGAAACUGGUACCAGAUACUCUGUACCAUUCGGAGGGCUCUUCAGCUGUCAGUCUGGUAAUCCACUGGCUAAAAACCAAAACAGAUGCCCUCCCAAAUUCAGCCAACACCUCGCUACAGUAAGCGAUGGAUGUGAAAUUCUUUACUGUGUCCAGUCUGGAUUAUUCACAGGGGGUGAGCUGCAACCAAUCCGUCUUCCACCAUUUACCAAACCUCCACUUGUCAGCAUGCAAGUUACAAACACAGUGAUGGUGAUGACUGAAGGAGAGAAGAAUUGGGUCAGGGUGGGCCCCACUAAAGCAUGGAGACUUGUGAAGCCAGAGGAAAUCCAGAACCUUGCUCGAACAUUCAACCCAGGAUCAAAUCAGAUGUCAAGUGGAGAAAAGGUAGGACUAGUAUUUGGAGUGAUAGGUUUAGCAUUGGUGAUCAUUGUGGUAGUAGUUGUGAUCCUGAUUAGAAAGAGGCAGAACCCUGGAAGGAGUUCCAGAGGUUACGUAGAAAUACGUGAGGACGUUUCGGAGGAGACACAGGAAGAUGAGGCUUAAAGCAACACCCUAAACGAGAGGGCAUUGAGUUUUCAGAUAUGGAGAUGUCAAAGAUUGUUUUCCCAGAUUUAGUUACAAACAAGUCUAGCACUUAGGUUAUGAAUUAGCUCAAUGUUUUCUAUAAAAAAGUUUGUGAUAUAUAUCCAAUAACAGAUUUCUAUACUGUUUUUUUGAAAAAAAAUGUGCCUUUAUACCAAAUC